CGAGAGAGCUGCUGGCUGCCUAUCGAUCACUAACUCAGUCAGUCUCGCCUUCAAUCUCUCAUGGGUCUAACGCCACCGGAUGAAUCUCCCCUUACUCCUCGUUGUUGCACAAUUCCGCCUCUUUCCGUAUCGCGCAAUCGUAGUUGAGACCGUCGCGCGCAUUGUCGAGUUCAAAAUUGGCGCCAAGGUGCGGAAGAGCAGUAUCGUGGAGCAUGUUUCGCUUGAUUUGAUUAUUGUGGGUUUUUGGAGGGUGGGGAAUCGGAGAGGAGGAGGAGGAGAAGGAGGACUUGGACAUGAUUAUGGUUGGGUGAGGAGGGAGGGAAGAAGAGCAGGGAUUGAUCUCGUUGGGUUAAUUGGAAAGGGGCGGCAACCAUGAAGGUCGUCGUUCCCUCUGGGUUGUGUCUUUGGUUGGUGGUGUUGUUUUCAUUGGUGUGGGGCGAAGCUGUGGUGGCGAUUAACAGGCCCGGCAUUAAUCCUUUUCCAGAUGUCUCGGUGGGCCAAUCAAUCGCAUUGCGCCCAUUGGCUGAUGGCGUGUUUGUUGAAACUUCUCCUGGGGUAAAACCAGGAGACCUAGUGGCGUGCAUGCGGGUUCGAAUUCAUGGCAUUCCUCGGUUUUCAAAUAUCCAAAAGUUUGCAGUCGUCACGCGAGUCAAGCUUCAAUCUGAAGCUGCUCCUGCGUACAGGCCUGCUCCUCCUAAAGUCGAGGUUUGCAUGCAUCGGAAUGGGUCGAUGGAAGUGGCGCAGUGCUCAAAGGAGAGUUGGCGAGCCCUUGAGCAGGGUUUCUGGUCUGGAGCUACGUCUCCCUUUGAGACCAAAUAUGUUGAUCUUCGAUUGACUAUUUCUCAUACAGACGUUGCGCUGAAUAUAUCCGUCGAAGAAGAGGUUCAGGGUUUUCGAAUUGCUUUUCUGGUUUUGGGGAUAUUAUUGUUAUUGUUGGCCCCUUCAGUCAGCGACUGGUUGCCGUUUUAUUACAGUAGUGCUAUGACCUUGGGUGUCUUCUUGGUGAUUAUCGUACUGCUAUAUCAGGGGAUGAAGCUGCUACCAACUGGGCGCAAUAAUUCUCUCUUCAUUGUUCUCUAUGGUCUUCUGCUAGGGAUGGGGAGUGUAGUCGUGCACUAUUUUAGUGCACGUGACAGCACUCUUCUUGAGGAGCUUGGACUCAGCGAUGAUAUGUACAACCCUGUAAGCACUGCACAUCUUCUUAACUAUGUGGCGUUGUUCCUUGGUCUUGGUGUUGUCCUCAUAGGUGCCUGGGUUGGCUUCUGGGGUGUGCGGAAGAUGGUCCUUGCUGAAGAUGGAAACAUUGAUUCUGGUGUUGCCAAGUUUGUGAAGUGGGCAAUUCGUAUCAUUGGUGGUGCAAUACUUCUUCAGUCCUCAUGCGACGUCAUAUUUUCAGGAUUAACGCUCGCAUUCGGAUUAGCAGCGACCUGGGUUGUGGGGAAAUUCUUCAACCUUCUGGGAAAUCUCGAAGUUGGUGAAGACCUUGAACAACAGUGGUCUGAGUACUGGGAUUCAGAUGGAGUUCUCGCGUGGGCAGGGGAAAAGUUACAAAAAUUCUGGUCCAAACGGCCUACGAUGCGAAGACAAUAUGCCCCAAUGAAACAAGGUGUCAACAGGAGUCCUUUAACUAAAAUGCAAGCAAAUCCUCUACAGAAUCUUCCCGAGAAGGAUGCCCUGACGAGGUGGGAGCAAGUCAAUACACUGCUAAGAAGAAAUUUAACAGAAUGUUACUCCACGUUUCACAAGACUCCAGACGGCAAGCCAUUGAGUAGCAGUGAUUACAAGGCUACGGAUAUAACUGCAGAGGCAGUUAGUGAAUUGGUCAAAUGUAAAGAAUUUCAAAAAUGGUGGGCUACUCAGGUCGUCAGCAAGAACCGUAUUCCCAUUGCUCCCAUUGAACACAGGGAGGAGAGACCGGAGGAGGAUAUCGUGGCCACAGCGUCUUUGCCAGAGGACGAUUUUUUCUUGAGCAAAAAUUCUGAUCAUUUAAGAAAACAUCCAGGAAAAACAUAGUUUAGAUCUUUGUAUAUAGUACCUUAGUUGGGCAUAUCAAGUCCCAAGGGAAGAGGGAGCAAUGGCUUUCUGUCCAUGUUUUGUUCUUUUGGACACAACCCAGUUUCAUUUUCAGCUUCCUUUUUGAUAAGCUGGAAGUUUUGAAUAUUUACCUUAGGUUCUGGAGUCUCUCCGAAUGGAGUUUGUUUUACGGAAGGGUACAGAGCUGCACAACAUCUGUAUUUUUGAUCUUUCUUUUACAACAAUAUUUUAUACACUCCGAUCUUUAGCUGGUCGUAAAGAUCAAUUGUUGCAGAA